AUGGCGGCCUUUCGCCAAGCAGGAUGGAAGUCGGUAUUAUCUCAGUCCAUGCUCUCGUCUAUCUCCAUGUAUCUCCUGAGGCCGCCAUUCGAACGCUUCAACUCGACGACCAUCGCCAUCGUUGGUGGUGCAGCAACGAUAUGCUUCCUCGCCCUCGACACGGCGUAUGUCUCUUUGAUCGAGCUGUUUGAGAAGCCGGACUUGUUGGCUCGAAAGCGAACAGUGUAUACCAGACCCAUAGCCAUUAUCUGUGCUAUCACCAUGCCUCUUCUGGCUGUUGCGUACUGGGCCUGGAUUUGCCUCGACAAUACCCCUCAUAGAUUCGUCGAUUCCCUCACAACAGGAGCGCUUGUUGCGACUCAAUGGAUAUUACUCUUUCAAGCUGCACGGUAUGAGAGCUGGGAUAUUGCUGGCCCUGUUGGCGCGUUCUCUGCGGCAGCGCCAACUCAGGAGCAGACCAUCCGCUCUGUUGCCACCGCUGUGAAGCACCUUGUUGCCGCUGGUAUCGCAUUAAUGCAAGCUGUUCGUGUCUUACCGGAUGCGCGCUACAAAAACUUCCUAUGGGCACUCAUCCUCGUGCCCCUCAUAUCAAGCGCAGGACAGAUCGGAUGGGAUGGCUCGCGACUCGCUGAUGAUUCGGGAUGGCUUUCAGGACUACCUACCUACUAUGGCCGACACCCCAUCCAAGACCUUGUUGAACGAUCGAAAGCCACCUUUCAGACCAAGUUGGAACAACAAUCUCAAACGCUUGAUCAGGCAGUGACCGAGUACCGACGGCGAUAUCACAUGGAGCCACCGCCCGGCUUUGAUGACUGGUUCAAGUUCGCAAAGGAGAAGAAGUCGCUGAUCAUCGACAAUUACGACACUAUUUUCGACUCGGUCGCGCCGUUCCUGAACCUCAAACCUCAAUCUAUAAGGAGUUUCAUGGAGGAGGCGGUAGCGGCAGGGCACAUAGCUCGAUGUGGCUUCCGCGGAGGCAAGCUGGAAGGCGACUGCGGGCCACGAGGGGAGACAAUACAAAACAUGACCGCCCCGUACCGACACAAGCUCCCCGACAUGAGCCUGCUGGUCAACUCGAGAGACGAACCGACGGUUCUCUUACCGUCGACACGCGCGGCAAGCGAUCCCAUGUGGCAGGAUCUUUCCGGCACACAUGCGACGAACAAGGUCGCCGAGCCUUGCGGCUCUGCAUGGCUGCAGAGAAGCCGGUCGACAUUCGACAACCAGAGCCUGGCUCCACUUCCCCUGAGCCUCCCCUUCGUACAAGACGCCCGCGACUCGACCGAUUUCUGCGCACAUCCCGAGUACGCAGACAUGCACGGGAUGAUCUUGGCGCCCCUGACCCUCAACGCGGCCACCAAGCCGGCGCCGAUCCUGUCGCAGGGCAAGCUGUCGACCUUCUCCGACGUGCUGAUGCCGAGCCAGAUCUACCUGCAGGGCUACGAGAACCUGAACGACUACGGGUACGCGGACGAGGAGGACCCGCCGUGGGAGGAGAAGCAGCCCAAGCUCUACUGGAUCGGGUCCAACAACGGCGGCGCGCAGGUGGACGGCAGCUGGAGGCGGAUGCACCGGCAGCGCUUCGUGGCGCUGGCCGGCGGCGGCGCCGACGACGCCGACGACGCCGCGCGCACGGCGACGUACCUCGCCGAGACGGCGCCGGGCGAGUGGACCCCGCGGCGGCAGCGCAGCCUGCUCCCCGCGGCGGCGGACGUGCACUUCCACGCGUUCCGGCUCUGCGCGUGGCGCGAGUGCAAGGCCAUGAUGCGGCGGUUCCGGGCGGCGGGGCGGCGGCCCCGGGCGGCGCAGUACGCGCACCGGUUCCUCAUGGACAUGGACGGGCUGGGCUACUCGGGCCGGUUCUACGCGCACCUGCGGUCGCGCAGCGCGAGCUUCAAGAUGACCGUCGUGCGCGAGUGGCACGACGACCGCCUGUCCCCCUGGGUGCACUACGUGCCCGUCAGCCUGUCCAUGGCCGAGCUGCCGGAGACCGUGCGCUUCCUGCAGACCGACGCGGGCGCCCAGCUGGCGAGGGAGAUCGCCGACCGGGGCCGGGAGUGGUGGGCCGUGGCGCUGAGGCCCGAGGACUUCCAGGUGUAUUUCUACCGGCUGCUGCUGGAGCUGGCGAGGGUUGUGGACGAGACGCGGGCCGUGGUUUGA